AUGACGAAAUGCCCGGAAGUAAUAACACUUGAUAACAGCGAUGACGACGAUAGUGAUGGGUACAGUUCAGUAAGCCGAAAUGUAGGGGCAACUGCUUCGGUUAUUCGUGCGAAACCUCUCAGUUUCUCAGCACUACAAGUCAGGCAGUCUUCAGUCAGCAGACUACCAUUGCAUACUACAGCUCCCCGUCGAGCAGAGUUUUGCCGAAUCAAUGUUUCGGAAACUCCUGCACCACUAAUAUUGCAAAAAGUCUCGUCAGCUUCACAUUUGGAAAUUCGAAAUCAUGCCAUAUCGGACGCGGAAAAUGAUGUUAGUUAUACAACUUUAUCAUUGUCACGGGAAGAAAAUAGCUUGGAUUCGUAUUGCUAUGAAAGUUAUGAUCCAAAAGCACCACCAUUUGAAGCACAACAAUUCAAUGUCAAAUUCCGAUGUUCCGUUGGAAGCUGUAGAAUGCUGCUUUCAAAUAAUGUAAGUUUCAUGUUCCAUCUUUGGGCACAUUUAACUGAGUUCAGUUAUGGCAGUAGUCCUAACUGCCCUCGAGAAAUGCAUCGCUUCUGCCGUUGUCCUCAAUGCCUGCAUUUAUUCCCUACGGCAUAUCGUCUGCAAAUCCACUAUAAUAAUGUUCACAGUGCAACGCCAUCCUCAUCCACAUGUAAAAUAUGUGAAAUCACUGUGGAUGAAGGCAAGCACCGGCAAAUUCAUGGCGAUUUCGAUGCUCCAUUUCAUUGCAGGAAAUGUCGAUACAGGACAUCGAUGAGAACCCAUUUUAUAGAUCAUUUUGUUCGAUUUCAUUCGAAUACACGCACUCUGUUGUGUCCGUUCUGUCUUUACUGCCAUGUUAUACCAAAAGACAAUACGUCAUCUGUGAUAAGUGAACACGAAUAUGUUAAACAUUUUUUGCUACAUCAGGAAGAAAACUAUGGUUGUGAUCAGUGCUCACUGAAAUUCAUACGACAUGCUGAUAAAAUUGCUCAUCGAAGAGAACAUACUCAACCAAAUCUGAAAUGGAUUUCAAAAAGUGUGCAGGUACAUACAAGACGAAAGGGCCGUAAGUUAUGGUCAAGAAAAAAGAAGUGGAAAUGCAUGGAAUGUAAUGAAGGGUUAAAUGAUGUGUGCGAACAUUUCAAACGUACAUAUUAUUGUUCUUGCGGUUAUCGUACAAACUGUCACGUUGCGUCACAACGACACAAAUUCAUCAAGUGCAAAAAGGAACGAGGAGGGAUGACGAGAGCUCAGUUGUUACCUUCAUUAGUUGUCUGUAAUCGAUGUAAACGUGCAUCAUGUAUUGAACGAAACAUCUUGGACCAUGUGCUUGAUUGCAGUGGAGGACGUUGUGUUAUUGUUGAUCUGAAGCAAGAAAAGAGUAAUAUUCUCAGCCAAUAUAAUGAUGAACUAGAGAUGAGAAUUUUUGCUAUUCGUCCGGAGGAAAAAGCAAUAAAGCUUGGUAAUGGUGUUGCUUCGUUAGACUUUCAUAAUUUUUGUCGUACACGAGAUCAAAAUUCUUUGUCGCCCUCUGUUGUCAAAGCAAACGUGGAACUGAACAAUGCUCGUCUGCAUAUUUUGAAGAAGAUUUGUCCGAAACCGCUGUUUUCUUUUGCCGAUAUGCUCAACUGUUCUUGA